GCAUAACGGUUCCAAACUGUGGAUGUGUACGUGUGUAAUAUGUAUUGUAUAGGUCCAUAGACCUGGGCUGAUGUGGUGGUACGCACAUACCCAGAGAGUCGCUCAGUUCGUCCAAGAAGAAGGCGGCAACAACGGUGUUGUCUAUUUUUUAUGGGAUGACGCCAGACUGUUACGUAGGGAGGGAGGGCGACUUCAUGAUGGGCUGGUCCCGAAAUUAGGUAGAGCUCCUGCCCGGCGGGAAGGCGAUGAGUCGGACGCAUUGAAUGUUGUACGCAUCCAUCUCGUCAGUUCUGGAUCAACCUCGUUGAUAUCACUACUAGUUAGCCGGACUAGAAGUGACCACCCCGAGGUCAACCCAAAACCCGCUUGGCCUUGAUCAGGAAGAAGUGCUGGCUGAGGACGAGGCUCAACACGCCCCUACCCCCCAUUAGAGUGUUCAAAGUGAUCCCUUUUCCCCAAUAUCCACAGAAGUGUCGAUUCCAAUACUCUUCGAAUCAAUCUACCGUUAUCAUUAUCAUCGUUUUAAGUGCGUUGUUGAGUUCGUGAAAGAGCAAAAGCCCUCUGAGCUGAUCGAAGUGAGCAUUCCCCCCCUUAGUCCCAUCCCCUUUCCCCUUUUGUCCUGAAUAGAAUCAAUAGACGUAUCCAAAAUUAAACAAGAGUAUAGUACUGUUCGCUAAUAUUGGGAAUACAAACUGGCCUCCACGUGGUUGCAUGAAAAUGGUGAGUGAUUGCGUGAAUCUCCGAGUGUUGUGAACGACUUCAAUAUCCCGUGGUGAAAAACAAUGGAGGAUUCCAUCGAAAGGAAGUUGGCUCUCCUGGACGGCAUUAUCAUGGACCUUGAUCAUGCUCAAAACGAGGAAGACCAAGACCAACAUAACCUUCAACUAUUGCGACAACAGCAACAUCACCAACAACACCAACAGCCUCAUCAUCAUGAACAACAACAACAACAUCAUCAUCAUCAUCAAGAUCAACGACAGCAACAACAACAACAACAGCAUCAACAACAACAACAAUCUAUUUCUUCAGACUUAAGCACCGUCCAGGAAUCGAGCGGCGGCCGAGGUGAUGCUGUUUUCAGAAGCAUGAAGAUCAAUGAUGAAUCCAAAACACCUUAUUCAGACGCAACACAGACAAAGAAACACCCUCCCAACCAUAUCAAACGUCCCAUGAACGCCUUCAUGGUCUGGUCGCAGUUGGAGCGAAGAAAAAUUGUGGAGGUCAAUCCGGAUAAGCACAAUGCAGAAAUUUCCAAAGAGCUCGGUCGAAGAGACUGA